AUGUUUGAAAUGUACUUCUCAGUGCUUAGCUUGCAUUAUAUAUCAUACCUGAAUGCUUCACAGAAUCCGGUUUCGGAUUUGCUUGGAGUGUACCAGACAAUGAAUUAUUAUAAGCAGCGCGUUGAAGACCAUGCGAAGAUGGUUAUAGCAAAAGAUAGUGAUGCUAUUCGUCCUGAUGAUGAAAGGGAGAUGCCUUGCCGAAAAAAUACCUGUACUAAUGUUUUAGGAGAGGAUAACAGGGAAGUGAACAGAUCUGCUCAUAAAGUAGGAUACACAGGUCAAGAAACAUGUCUUGAAAGAACAUGUAAGGAUCAACAGCCAUCCACCUCUUCUUAUGUCGACCAUAAAUCAGAGUUGUUUCGUGAAGAAGAGCAUUCUCCCGAGUCGAAGAUAUCUCUCGGCAAAAAUCUCAGUAAAAAGACCGAUAUUCCAACAAUCGCCGGAAAUGCCUGCAAAUAUCUGCAAGGGCGCAAAACACAUUUUCGAAAGAAGCCGUAUGAAGGGUGUAAUGAAACUUCGGGCGAAAAAAUAGAAGAGAACAAUCAUAAUAUAUCUGAUAUGAUGUAUAAUAUGAACGAUAGCUGCGAAUCAAGAAGAAUGACCGGUUUAAGAUUUAGAAAUUGGUCAUCGAAAUUGGCACUACCGAUGCGCAUAUAUUACAGCAUUUUAAAUACGAUGUGGCAUGUUUCUUAUGGGAAGUACAUAGAUGAUACAUCAAGCAAAUCGAGCUUUCACUUACAAUACGAUAACAUGCUGUGUUUUUUGAAUACUUCCAUAUCUCAUUCUCCAAACGAACACCUGCUUGCCAAACAUGUUCUUGAUUCAAUCAAAAUAUUAUGCCAAAAACACAAUAGCUAUUACAAAUCAAAACACAAUGAUGAUUGUUAUGGUGUUGAACAUCAAACAACACAUGAUCCCACCAUCACGACACGAUGGCAUGGUUCAUGUUCUGCAAUGAGUCACCCAGACAUAAUAAAUACUAGGAACAUUAAUCAAGAACAUGUUGUUUCGUAUCUAAAUAUCUGUCAGGCACUUAAAAAAACGCAAAGUGAUGAUAUGAUGUUCUAUUUGACCAAAUUACAGGAUGAUGCUGAACUGAUCAAGGAUAUUACAAACUUAUGCUACACCAAAGUGAUGCCUUUGCUAAUCCAAAACGUUAACGUGUUCUUUAGAAUUAUUGGAAUCAAUUCAUCGACUUUCAGAACGCUCAACAGAUUGGAUAUAAAAACCAUCAUCUACAACCAGCUAUCAAUUUUUUUUUGUUCAAAUUUAAGUGUGAAACUGCUACUAUUUCCUGAGCUACUUUCCCUGAGACAGUACUUCUACGACAUUACUGCCGGUAAACGCUACGAUAAUACACACAAGUUGUACAUAGGUUAUUAUGUAAUGCGUAAAUUCGAACUACUCGUCCAAUUAUUUAUGAACAUUAUUGGACGAAAGGGUCUGGAUCGAAAAGAUUUGCGUGACCACGAUAUUUUGUUUUACCAACUGUACACUCGUGAGUUUUUCUUGGUUUAUGUUUUCCAUAACGUUUUAUCGAUGAGCUAUUCCGACAUCAUACGAUAUGUAAGUCUGUGCCGGUUGCAAUUUCUACUUUUCUUCAAAUUUACUGAUCAUGGUAACUACGAGAAUGAGGGUAACUUUAUUGAAUUUCUUCCCUUGAACUUUCUCGAUGUCUCUCCUGUUUUCAAUAUAAAAUCAUUCAUUCAAUGCGAAGGGAAUAUUUUGGAUUCGACCAUCACCACUGAAGUAAGACAAAUACCCAACCAGGUGGUUUCUAAAUAUUUUAUUGAUCAGACCACUGUUCCUCGAGAGCUGCUUAGGCGAUUCUUAGAGAGUGUUAGAGUAAUUAUGCCCUCUUUUGAAUGCUGUGAUGUUUUUUUCAACAUGGUUUGGAACGAUGCAAACGACGUGAAUUUUAACUGGCACAGCCAUGCUACCAUUUCUAAUUGGGUAACACGGGUCCGACUUUUGCCGAUACACUCGUAUUUAAGCAGUCGUUCAUGA